UCACGUGACACACCAAACCAAAAUGGCCGCUCCUGUAUUUUGACGUAUAACAGCUAGCUAGUAGCCACUUUUCUAUUUGUUUCAUUCUUAGCGGAAUACCCUUGAACAAAAUAUAUUUUGGGUAAACCGCCUCUACCCAUCUACAUAGCCUCGGUUUUAUAACUUUUACCUUAAAGACAAUCCAGACUGACACUUCUUUGUUUAACGAGUGACUAUGCUGUGGUUGUAGAAGCGGCUAGCUUCUAGCUGGCUCUGGCUGGCACAUAUAGACGGGUCAGAGAAUAUAAAGAACACGCUUCACAAAGGAACCAUGGAGGAGCUCAGUGCCGAUGAGAUCCGCAGAAGGCGCCUGGCCAGACUGGCAGGAGGGCCGACCUCUCAGCCUAGCACCCCUCUCAGCACACCCCUGACCUCCCCACAAAGAGAGACCCCGCCGGGGCCCCUACCUGGACCCUCAGGAGCCACAUCCCAGCCCCUGCCCCCGGCCGCCUCUCAGGCCCUGGGGCUCAAUGUCCACAGUGGGACCCCGGCCACAUCCCCCAUGGGGGCCUCUGGGGUUGUCUAUGGGAGUCAGAGCAGUGAAGGAGUGAGUUCUCUCUCCAGCUCCCCCUCCAACAGCCUGGAGACUCAGUCCCAAAGCCUGUCCCGUUCCCAGAGCAUGGACAUCGACACCGCCUCCUGUGAAAAGAGCAUGUCCCAGGUGGAUGUGGACUCGGGCAUCGAGAACAUGGAGGUGGACGAGAGCGACCGCAGGGAGAAGAGGACCCUGGCUGAGAAGGAGUCCUCGGCCAACUCAGAUGUCUCUGAAGAGCAGGCUCUGCAGCUCAUCUGUAGGAUCCUCCGCGUGUCCUGGAAGGAGCCGGACCGCGACGUCAUCUAUCUCCCCUCGCUGGCCGCCGAGUUCCACCAGAGCCCUAAAGACGUGUACUCUGACUUCAAAGACCUGAUUGGCCAGAUCCUGAUGGAGGCGCUCCUGAUGUCCAGCCAGUCCCGCGUCCACAACCCCUUCUCCAGCCUGACGGCCACCUCCCAGCCCAUCGCCGCCGCCAAAUCCCCCGACCGCCGGCUGACCCUGGUGCCCCCCCCCAGCCAGGGCAGCAGUCCCAUGGCCCCCUGCGCGGGCUCCUUCGGCGCCAGCUCUCUGUCCAGUGCGGGGGCGUCAGGAGGGGGCGGCGAGGCUGCCAGCGACCGCUUCACCAUCGAAGUGUGCAAGGAGACGGAGAUGCUGAACUACCUCAUCGAGCGCUUUGACAAUGUGGGCAUAGAAGAGAAGAAGGCGCCCAAGAUAUGCAGCCAUCCCAGCGUCAGCCAGCUGAUGAGCAACAUACGCUCACAAUGUAUUUCUCACGCCACCCUGGUACUGCAAGGCUCCCUGACCCAGCCCAGGAGUCCCCUGCAGGAGUCCCUUCUGGUCCCCUACAUGCUGUGCCGGAACCUUCCGUACGGGUUCCUCCAGGAGCUGGUGCGCAUGACCCACCAGGAGGAGGGCGUCUUCAGACAGAUAUUUAUCCCCAUCCUACAUGGGCUGGCCCUGGCAGUCAAAGAGUGCUCUUUUGACAGCGACAACUUCAAGUUCCCCCUCAUGGCGUUAGCUGAGCUCUGUGAAAUCAAGUUUGGAAAGACUCAUCCUGUGUGCAAUUUGAUGACGUCUCUGCCCUUGUGGUGCCCCACCCCCCUGAGCCCGGGCUGUGGCAGGGAGCUCCAGAGACUGUCCUACAUCGGGACCUUCUUCAGCCUGUCGGUCUUCGCCGAGGACGACUCCAAAGUGGGGGACAAGUACUUCUCUGGGCCGGCCAUCACCAUGGAGAACACCCGGGUGGUCAGCCAGUCCCUCCAGCACUACCUGGAGUCGGCCCGGGGCGACCUGUUCAAGAUCCUCCACAACAUCCUGUUGAACGGAGAGACCCGGGAGUCGGCCCUCAACUACAUGGCAGCUCUGGUCAAAUCGAAUGUGAAGAAGGCUCAGAUGCAGACGGACGACAAGCUGGUGUCCACGGACGGCCUGAUGCUGAACUUCCUGUGGGUGGUGCAGCAGCUGAGCAUGAAGAUCAAGCUGGAGACGGUGGACCCCUUCUACAUCUUCCACCCGCGCUGCCGGCUGGUGGUCUGCCCCGAGGAGACGCGCCUCAAGGCCACCAUGGAGGAGCUCAAGAGCUGGCUGGCCGGCCUGAAAGACGACCCCUCUGCGUUCUCUGAGCCCAAGUUCCCCACGGAGUGCUUCUUCCUGACGCUGCACACCCACCACCUCUCCAUCCUGCCCGCCUGCCGCCGCUACAUCCGACGCCUCAGGGCCAUCCGGGAGCUCAACAGGACGGUGGAGGAGCUGAAGAACAGCGAGAGCCAAUGGAAGGACUCUCCUCUGGCCAGUAGACACAGAGAGAUGCUGAAGAGGUGCAAAACACAGCUCAAGAAACUGGUGCGGGCCAAGGCCUGUGCGGACGCCGGCCUCCUGGACGAGAACCUGCUGCGUCGAUGCCUCCAGUUCUACAGCACCGUCAUCCAGCUCAUCCUGCGCAUGGUGGACCCUGCUUACCCCCACAUGAGCCUGCCGCUGAACCCAGACAUCCCCAAGAGCUUCGCCGCGCUGCCGGAGUUCUACAUCGAAGACGUGGCCGAGUUCCUGCUCUUCGUCGUGCAGUAUUCUCCCCAGGUGCUGUACGAGCCCUGUGUGCAGGACGUGGUCACCUUCCUGGUGGUGUUCAUCUGCAGCCAGAACUACAUCAGGAACCCCUACCUGAUCGCCAAGCUGGUGGAGGUGCUGUUCGUCACCAACCCGGCUGUUCAGCCGCGCACGCAGCGCUUCUUCGAGAUGAUGGAGAGCCACCCGCUGGCCGUCAAGCAGCUGGUGCCCGCCCUCAUGAAGUUCUACACCGAUGUGGAGCACACGGGCGCCACCAGCGAGUUCUACGACAAGUUCACCAUCCGCUAUCACAUCAGCACCAUCUUCAAGAGCCUGUGGCAGAACGCCGGCCACCACGGGACCUUCCUGGAGGAGUUCAACUCCGGGAAGCAGUUUGUGCGCUACAUCAACAUGCUGAUCAACGACACCACCUUCCUGCUGGACGAGAGCCUGGAGUCCCUGAAGCGCAUCCACGAGGUGCAGGAGGAGAUGAAGAACAAGGAGCAGUGGGACCAGCUGCCCCGGGAGCAGCAGCAGACCCGGCAGUCCCAGCUGACGCAGGACGAGAGGGUCUCUCGCUCCUACCUGGCCCUGGCCACCGAGACCGUGGACAUGUUCCACAUCCUCACCAAGCAGGUCCAGAAGCCCUUCCUCAGGCCUGAGCUGGGCCCCCGUCUCGCCGCCAUGCUCAACUUCAACCUGCAGCAGCUCUGCGGGCCCAAGUGCCGCGACCUGAAGGUGGAGAACCCCGAGAAGUACGGCUUCGAGCCCAAGAAGCUGCUCGACCAGCUCACCGACAUCUACCUGCAGCUCGACUGCGCUCGCUUCGCCAAGGCCAUCGCUGACGACCAGCGCUCGUACAGCCGCGAGCUCUUCGAGGAGGUCAUCUCCAAGAUGAAGAAGGCGGGCAUCAAGUCCACCAUCGCCAUCGAGAAGUUCAAGCUGCUGUCGGAGAAGGUGGAGGAGAUCGUGGCCAAGAACUCCCAGUCGGAGAUGGACUACAGCGACGCUCCGGACGAGUUCAAAGACCCUCUGAUGGACACCUUGAUGAGCGACCCGGUGAUCCUGCCCUCUGGGAACGUCAUGGACCGCUCCGUCAUCCUGCGCCACCUCCUCAACUCGCCCACCGACCCCUUCAACCGCCAGCCGCUCACCGAGAGCAUGCUGGAGUCAGUCCCGGAGCUGAAGGAGCGGAUCCAGGCCUGGAUGAGGGAGAAGCAGGGAGGCCGUCUGCUCUAAGAACCUCCUGCAACCAUUUCCCUGUCAAUCAGCCCCCCGCCUCCCCCCCCACACACACAGACACACACAAACGCUGCUCGCCCGGCGAACCACCGCCAAGGGGACGUCAUCCGACUGAAGUCAGAGUCACCACUGUAACCACAGCAACGACAACAAAACAUUCUGGACAUUAAAAAAAAGUUUUUUGAUUUUACCCGCAUUCUUUUUUUUUUUUCUUUAUCUUAUUUUUGUUGUCUCAGACCCUUGUUUGAUGGUCCUCAAAAAUAACAAAGCAUAAUAAAGUUACAACUUUUGAAAGGG